CUCCUCCAAACCAUGUCUAAGCCCACCACCACCACCACCACCAUUCUCCUCCUCCUCCUCCUCCCUUUCUUCAUCCAUGCAACAACAAGAACAACAACUUCACUUCAUAAAGUCAUCAAAGCAGGCUAUUGGCCUUCAUGGGCAGUCAGAGCCAUCCCACCAUCCUCCAUCAACUUCUCAUACUUCACUCACAUCUUCUAUGCCUUCAUCACUCUUGACCCAACCACCUUCCAAGUCUCCAUCUCCCCUUUCCACCAUCUCUGGCUCACCAACUUCACCACCACCAUCCACUCCCAAACUCAUGAUCCCCCUCUCUCCGCCCUCGUUUCCAUAAGGUACUACAACAGCACAGUCAUCGCCAAUCUCGUCUCCAACCCAACCUCUCGUGCCACCUUCAUCAACUCCACCAUUUCCAUCGCCCUCCAAUACAACCUUGAUGGCAUUUGACUUGUACUGGCAGUUCCCUGCCAACCCUGAACAAAUGGACAAUCUUGCACUGCUCUAUAAAGAGUGGAGAGCAGCCAUAACGUGUCUUUUACCAACAAAAGUGCUUCUUUUAACUUCAUCAGUUUACUUUUCUCCAGACUUCUUCUUGUCAAUAGUGCCAAGGUCAUAUCCAGUGGCAGUUAUGGCUGAGACUUUGGAUUGGAUCAAUGCAAAUUGUUUUGAUUAUGGGUGGUGGAACACAUCGGAGACAAGAUUGCAUACAGCGUUGUAUGAUCCGGAGAAGAACAUGAGCACGAGUUUCGGUUUGGAGGCUUGGAUAAGAGAAGGGAUGCCCGCGAAGAAGGUAGUGUUGGGGAUGCCGUUUUAUGCGAGGACAUGGAAGUUGAAGGAUAGCGAGGAGCACGGGGUGGGGGCACCGGCGGUGAAUACAGGGCCGGAGAAAGGAGGGAGGGGUGAAAUGGGUUAUAAUACGAUAGUGAGAUUUAAUGAGGAGAAUAAUGCUACGGUGGUGCAUGAUGAGGAGAGGGUGGCGGUUUAUUCUUAUGCAGGGAAGAGUUGGUUGGGUUAUGAUGAUGAAUGGUCUGUGAGGAAGAAGGUGGAGUAUGGGAUGAAAAUGGGGCUUGGAGGGUACUUCUUUUGGGCUCUUGGAUUUGAUUAUAAUUGGACACUCUCUCAAACAGCUUGGUCUGCAUGGGAGUACUGAGAACGGUUGGUUGGCCUUUGAUCUGCAACUUUUACUAAGGCACUUUAUAUUCAAGUGAAAUAAAAACAAAAUGCCCCACAUUUUAUAUCUUAUCAAUUGUUAUUUUCCCUAUUAAUGGAAGCAUUUGGUUUGCUAAUAUUUGAUCUCAAUUAAAAUGACUGAAUGAAAAAAUUCAUACCAUCACACAUUAACAACAAAUAUAACAAAAGGCCAUAACGCAGUUGACAUCAAGAAAUUAAUACUAAAAUCAGAUACCUGGCAAGUGCUCACUGCUCACCAACCAAUGUAACGAUUGAACAAUGAUUCCGUUGCUCUUGUUUGCAAUCCUUGUCUGAGCUCCCACGUCAAACAAAAAAACCUCCCAAGAUA